GCAAACGAAUUAGGCUGGACUCCUCUGACCCUCGCGGUCGACAAGGGGCACUAUGAUACGGUCGAGCUGCUACUCGAUCGAGGUGUUGACAUCGAGCAGAGAUUCACCAACCAAUGGACAUCUCUCUGCAUGGCCGCAAAUCGCGGCGACUUGGGAAUGGCCAUGCUCUUGGUUAGCCGAGGGGCGAAUGUCAUGGCCAAGGCUUUCGGUGGAUGGACUCCUAUAACUCUGGCUGCCACGAAUGGCCACCGGGAUAUGGUCAAUCUAUUACUCGCCUUCGGGGCUGACAUCCAUAUGAAGACCCUGUCGGGCUGGACGCCGCUCAUGGCAGCUUCGGACGGUGGCCACGCCGCCCUGGCCAAGAUUCUACUAGACUGCGGCGCUGAUCUUGAUCACCUGGACACCCUGGGCCGUUCGGCAUUCUUCCACGCUGCCAUGCGAGGGCACACAAAAGUCAUCAAGCUCUUGUUGCCUUUGACCAGCAUGGCCAACGCAAGAGACAAGUUCGGGUCUACUCCCAUCUUUGCGGCUGCCAGGAACGGACACCGCAAGGUGGUGGAGCUCCUCGUCAAC